UUAUUGAUGAUAUAAUGGCCGAUUUUGAAGAAUUGCCCGUGGUCGAGGCCCAAGAUGUCAAAUUGUUUGGUAAGUGGUCCGCCGAAGAUGUCAACAUCAAUGACAUCAGUUUGACUGAUUACAUCGCUGUAAAGGAGAAGUAUGCGAAAUAUUUGCCGCACUCAGCUGGUCGGUACCAAGCCAAACGAUUCCGCAAAGCCCAAUGUCCCAUCGUUGAGAGGUUGACUGACAGCUUGAUGAUGCACGGAAGGAACAAUGGCAAGAAGCUGAUGGCCAUGAGGAUUGUGAAGCAUGCUUUUGAAAUCAUCCACUUGCUCACUGGAGAGAAUCCUCUACAAAUUUUGGUGAAUGCCAUCAUCAACAGUGGCCCUAGAGAAGAUUCAACACGUAUCGGUAGAGCUGGGACUGUGAGGAGGCAGGCAGUUGAUGUUUCUCCGCUGAGACGUGUGAAUCAGGCAAUUUGGUUGUUGUGCACUGGUGCAAGAGAGGCUUCAUUCAGAAACAUCAAGACCAUCUCUGAGUGCCUGGCUGACGAACUCAUCAAUGCUGGAAGGGGCUCAUCCAACUCAUAUGCCAUCAAGAAGAAAGAUGAACUGGAGAGAGUUGCCAAAUCAAACAGAUAGACAGAUUACAUAUAUAUUUAUUUAGAAAUAUAUAUUAUGUUGUGUUAACAAUAAUAAUAAUUGAAAUUAUUGUUGGUUAUUUCGAAUUGAUGGAAUGUGAAUCGGAUCAUCGUUUGUUGAGUGAAAAAUCUUCAACAUACUCGUAAAACCGGUU